CCUCACCUUCCCUCGAUCCCAUCAUACCACCAGCAUUCCAUUCACGUCACUUGUGCCUCGCUGUAGUGCGCAGCCAUACACAUAUCUCGUGCACCUCUUGAUACCAAGCAGUCUCCAUUUCUGCCGAGCAAUCCCUCUCGCCUUCACAGCGUUGAGCCUUCGCCGCGUUCUGAUGCUCCUCUGAGGACCCACUUCUGAGCUUCCCCUUUCGCAAAAAUGGACGACUUUGACGAUUUCAUCUCCUCCAGUGGACGCACUGGACAACCGCCACCAGAAGGCACAGCAUCUCAUCGUCCAGCUGCUCAGUCCAAUCCAUACUCGUACGGAGCUGGGGGCCCUCUUGACCCAUUCGCAAGCACGGACUCGUUAGGUUUCUCCAAUGCCAACAAUAGGGCAGGUCCAUCAGGUUCUUCCGCUGGACCAUCUCAUGUUCUCGUCGAUGAUGAUGCUGACUUACUCGGUGACGACGAUGAUUACGAAGGCCAGUAUGGCAAUGACCGCUACGCCAGGGGAGGCAACCUAGAGAGGCAGGCGUCUAGCAAGUCCGGCUAUCCAGCCUCCAUCACGUCCUCCUGGGCUCAUGAGGAUACGACAACGAUGGGUCUGGCAGCUCCGCGCCUUCCAUACUCGGACAGCAAUGGACGGGGUCGCACAUACUCCCAAGAGAGCGAUCUACCUCUCUCCAAGAAUGCUGCAGAUCCCGCUGGUUCCUCCCGAGCUGCCGGACCUUUCGCCGAUGUUUACGCUGUCCGGUCCAACACGUCCGGGAAUUUCAAGAGCAUCGAGGCGGACGAUGAUGUCGAUUCACCCUACCCAGGAUCCGUCCCUUAUGCUGACUUUGCGACAGCAGGGCCAAGUAGGGGCAAUGCACCUCCUGCUCCGUCCACGAAGAAGAGUCGGUUUUCGGUAGGACCUGCAGCUGGCCAGUCCAGGGGCCCGCCUAGAGACGGCCUCUUCGAUGGAGUCCAGCGGUCAUAUAGAGGGCUCAAGGACGAUAUGAGUGAUAUGUUCAAGGGGAAAGCCGCGAGGAACAAGGUGCCAGAGGGAGAGCGUAUUGUGCGGCUGAAUGACCCUCUCACAAAUGAUCGAGAAGGCCGUUUCAGAGACAACUACAUCUCUACAAGCAAGUUCAACGUCAUCACAUUCACUCCCAAAUUCUUGCUAGAACAAUUCUCCAAGUACGCCAAUCUCUUCUUCCUUUUCACGGCUUGUAUCCAACAAAUACCCGGCGUGUCACCAACAAACCGUUGGACCACAAUCGUGCCUCUCGGUGUCGUCCUCCUGGCGAGUGCCUUCAAGGAGGUCAAAGAAGACGUCAAGCGGCAUCAAUCAGACGCCGAGCUCAACGGGAGGGUCGCACAAGUGCUCAAUCCCGGUACGAAUCACUUCGAACCACGAAGAUGGCGCCAUCUUCGCGUCGGCGACAUCAUCCGUGUGGAGUCAAAUGACUUCUUCCCAGCAGACUUGGCUUUGCUUGCCAGCUCUGAGCCCGAAGGGCUGUGCUAUGUAGAGACCGCUAAUCUUGAUGGGGAGACCAACCUCAAGAUCAAACAGGCAAGCUCCCAAACGUGCCGCAUCACCACACCUCAAAGCGCUGCUUCGAUGCGGGGUCAGCUCAAUUGCGAGCACCCCAACAAUAGUCUGUACACUUUCGAUGCUACGCUGAAUCUGCAGAUGAGCUCAACCCCCGGCUUCAGCGGAACACCGAUGAAGAAGAUCCCACUGGGGCCAGAUCAGCUGUUGUUGCGAGGUGCUCAAUUGCGGAACACACCUUGGUGCUAUGGCCUGGUUGUGUUUACCGGACAUGAGACAAAGCUUAUGCGUAACGCAACGGCGGCUCCGAUCAAGAGGACUGCUGUUGAGAAGAUGGUCAACGUGCAGAUUCUGCUCCUCUUCGUACUCUUGAUGGCACUUUCUAUUGCGUCAUCCAUUGGCAGUAUCAUUCGCAACACGUCCUUCGCCAGCUCGAUGCAGUAUCUGCUCCUCGCAGACGAAGGCAGGAACAACGCAAGGAUCUUUGUCGAGGACAUUCUGACCUUCAUCAUUGCCUACAACAACCUGAUUCCCAUUUCUUUGAUCGUCACAAUUGAAGUCAUCAAGUACCAGCAAGCGGUCUUAAUCAACUCUGAUCUAGACAUGUACUAUGCGCCAACGGACACGCCCGCCUUAUGCCGCACAUCGAGUCUGGUCGAAGAGCUCGGACAAAUCGAGUAUAUUUUCUCUGACAAGACGGGCACUUUGACGAGGAACGAAAUGGAGUUCAAGCAGGCUUCCAUUGGAGGCGUCUCAUACACUGAUGUGAUAGAUGAAGCCAAACAAGGCACCGGAGAGAUUGGACCUGACGGCAGAGAGGUUGGUGGUCAAAGGACAUGGCACGAGCUCAAGGCAAUCAUGUCAGGCGCAAUACCCGACGAUGGCAGUAGCGGAAUGAUCGACGAGUUCCUGACUUUGUUGGCAGUGUGCCACACCGUAAUUCCAGAACGUCAAGGCGACAAAAUCAAAUUCCAAGCCUCUAGCCCCGAUGAAGCUGCUCUUGUAGCCGGAGCAGAGUCGCUGGGGUAUCAAUUCACUACCCGAAAGCCUCGCUCUAUCUUCAUCGAAGUGAGGGGAGUCGAAGAAGAGUACGAGAUUCUACAAGUCUGCGAGUUCAACUCUACUAGGAAGAGGAUGUCUACAGUAGUACGAUGUCCAGAUGGAAAGAUUAAGCUGUACUGCAAGGGAGCGGACACUGUCAUCAUGGAGAGGCUAAGCGAGAACCAGCCCUUCACCGAACAGACCCUUGUCCAUCUGGAAGACUACGCCACCGAUGGUCUGAGGACUCUCUGCGUGGCAUCGAGGGAAGUACCUGAGCAGGAGUAUCGACAAUGGGCAAAGAUUUACGAGUCCGCCGCGGCCCAGAUCACUGGUCGAAGCGAAGCUCUUGACAAGGCAGCAGAAAUCAUCGAGCAGAAUCUUUUCCUGUUGGGUGCGACAGCCAUCGAAGACAAGCUACAAGAGGGUGUACCAGAAACGAUUCAUACACUACAGACGGCUGGUAUAAAAGUCUGGGUCUUGACGGGUGAUCGACAAGAGACUGCCAUCAACAUUGGGCUGUCCUGCCGACUCAUCUCCGAGUCUAUGAAUCUCGUCAUCGUCAAUGAGGAAUCUGCUCAUGCAACAGCCGACUUCUUGAACAAGAGGCUCGCUGCUAUCAAGAACCAGCGCAAAGCAGGAGAGAUUGAAGAGCUCGCCCUGAUCAUUGACGGCAAGAGCUUGGCCUUUGCACUUGAGAAGGACUUGAGCAAGGUUUUCCUCGAGCUGGCCAUGAUGUGCAAGGCCGUGAUCUGUUGUCGAGUCAGCCCACUUCAGAAAGCGCUGGUGGUCAAGCUGGUCAAGAAGAAUCUCAAGGCUCUUCUGCUUGCCAUUGGCGACGGCGCGAAUGAUGUCAGCAUGAUUCAGGCCGCCCACGUCGGUGUUGGUAUCAGUGGUGUGGAAGGUCUCCAGGCUGCACGAAGUGCCGACGUUGCCAUCUCUCAAUUCAGGUUUCUUCGCAAGCUUCUCCUCGUUCACGGUACAUGGAGCUAUACCCGGCUGAGCAAGAUGAUCUUGUAUUCCUUCUACAAAAACAUCACCUUGUACAUGACGCUUUUCUGGUUCUCCUUCCAGAGCAGCUUCUCAGGUCAGGUGCCCUUUGAGUCUUGGACGUUAUCGCUCUACAAUGUCCUCUUCACUGUACUACCACCACUGGUCAUCGGCAUCUUUGAUCAGUACCUAAGUGCGAGGAUGCUGGAUCGUUAUCCUCAGCUGUAUGGCGAGGUCUUCUUCAAUCGACGAAAGUUCUGGGGCUGGACCAUCAAUGCCUUCUAUCACUCCCUACUGGCGUACAUCAUCGUCACUGCUGCCUUCUGGACUAGUCUUCAGGGCUCUGAUGGCUAUACGCCAGGUCUUUGGGUCUGGGGUACGACGCUAUUCAUGGCUGUGCUAGCGACCGUGCUGGGCAAAGCAGCACUGGUGUCUGACCUCUGGACAAAGUAUACUUUUGCUGCUAUUCCAGGAUCGCUCUUCUUCACGCUGGCCUUCCUGGCCGUCUACAUCAUUGUAGCGCCCAUCAUCGGCUUCUCUGAGGAGUACCAAGGGCAGCUAGGAGCCAUCUUUGGCUCGCCUCUCUUCUGGUUCUGCAUCAUCCUCGUGCCAGGAGCCUGCUUGGUGCGAGACUAUGUAUGGAAAUUCUGGAAGAGGACUUGGAGGCCAGAGAGUAGACAUGUGGCUGCGGAGAUCCAGAAGUACAAUUUGGUGGAUCAUCGACCGAGGAUGAGCGAGUUCCAAAAGGCCAUUAGGAAGGUGCGGGCGGUGCAGAGGAUGAGGAGGACAAGAGGAUAUGCCUUUUCGGGCGGAGAGCAGGGAGAGGAGGCGAGGUUGAUCCGAUUGUAUGACACGACGAAGCCCAAGGACACUGGUUUGUAAGGGCACGGUCGAAAUGAACUGUAUUGCACAUGGUC